CAUCGUCUCCAUCCAUCCAAAUCCUUUCUGAACAUGUGGAGACAGGGGCGAGAACGCUGAAAACUUUAAAAUGUCAAUCAGAAAUUUGAUGUCAUUGAGAACAGUAGUGAGCAUAGAGCCUCAGCUAAAACGUACCGUAAAUUCCAUAAACACAGUUGUACGAACAAUGAGUUCUUUUCCUAAAUCACAAGAUAUGCAAAAUGGAAAUGAAGUAAAUGGCAUUCAUAGAGAGAACCUGCCAGCAGAUCAACAGUUCUUCUGCAAAGCAUUUGAAUUAGUCUUCAAAGAAGGAGUUCUUGAUGCCACAAAACGAGAUGCUAAAGUUGUGGAAUUUUAUGACCCGGAUACACUUAAAAACCUAGCGGAUCUCACUAUACGCGAUGAUGGGGAAAGUGAUGAAAAAGUAUUAGAACACUGUAGAAGUGCUUUUAAAUAUGCAGUCAAACCAGCAAGCCCUCAUUUUUUCAAUCAACUUUUUGCUGGGCAAGAUUUAUAUGGAUUAGCAGGUCAGUGGUUAACAGAUGCUAUCAACGCCAGCCAGUACACAUUUGAAGUUGCUCCACUUUUUACACUUAUUGAACAUGAAGUCUUUGCUAAAUUUCGAGAACUCUGUGGCUACAAGUCAGGAGAUGGCAUAUUUUGUCCAGGUGGUUCACUUGCCAAUAUGUAUGCAUUGAAUCUUGCGAGGUACAAGAAAUUCCCACAGUCAAAGGAGAAAGGAAUGUAUGGAUGUCCGAGACUUGCUGUAUUCACCUCUGAACAGAGUCAUUAUUCCCUUAAGAAGGGAGCAUUCUUCCUUGGUUUAGGUCUUGAAAGCCUAAAAAUCGUGAAAUGUGAUGAUAGUGGUAAGAUGAUCCCAGGAGAACUUGAAAAGGCCAUUAAGAAAGCAGAGGAAGAGGUAAACUGCUUUAUUAAUAUUAUUUUUUUUAUUAAAAUAGACAGGUACGAUCCUUUGGAUGAAAUUGCAGAUAUAUGUGAGAAACGUGAUUUGUGGCUUCACGUAGAUGCUGCUUGGGGAGGAGCAGCCCUACUGUCCAGCAAGUAUAAGCAUUUACUGAAAGGUGUGGAGAGGACCAACUCACUUACCUGGUGUCAACACAAGAUGAUGGGAGUUCCUCUUCAAUGUUCUGCUUUUGUUCUCAAUGGAAAUGAAGGACUGCUUCAUAGAGCCCACUCAGCAGGGGCAAGGUAUUUAUUUCAACAAGAUAAGUUCUACGAUAUGUCGUACGAUACUGGAGACAAGUCAAUCCAGUGUGGACGAAAAGUGGACGCAUUCAAGAUUUGGCUAAUGUGGAAAAAGAAGGGAAAUAAAGGAUUUGAGGCUGAAAUUAAUCACAAGUUUAAUAAUUCCAGAUACAUGGCUAAUGUUAUUAAAAGCAGAAAAGAUUUCAUCUUAGUCCUUGAACCUGAAUGCACCAAUGUAUGCUUCUGGUACCUUCCCCCGUGCCUGCAGGGAUUGGAACGAACACCAGAAUUCUGGGACAGAAUGAGAAAGGUUGCACCUAUUAUCAAGGAACGCAUGGUUCGGAAUGGAUCUCUCCUGAUAGGAUAUCAACCGCUUGAGCCCAGAGUCAACUUCUUCCGUCAGAUAUUCGCUAAUGCUCAGACGUCAAAAGAGGACGUUGACUAUAUCAUCAACGAAAUUGCGACUCUAGGAGAGGAUUUGCAAGUUUAG